AUGCCUGAUGUACGCUAUGAUAAUCUUCAGCAUGUUGUUUCCGACUGUAGGUUUGAAAUUGGGGAUUGGGUAAAAUUUAAGAGGGGUGUGAAGAAUCCAACAUAUGGGUGGCAAGGCGCAACGCAUGGCAGUGUUGGUUUUGUACAGAGUAUUCCAGAGAAUGGCAGCCUCACUGUAUCAUUUUGCACUGGAGUUGCUCAUGUCUUGGCAAAUGAAGUUGUAAAAAUGAUACCUUUGGAAAGGGGACAACUUGUACAACUUAAACCUGAUGUUAUAGAGCCCAGGUAUGCGUUGCAUGAACGAUCACGUGACACUCAGGGAACUGUUCUGUGCAUUGAGGAUGAGGGUUUUAUACGUAUUGGGUUUCACGGUGCCUCUAGAGGGUGGCAAGCUGAUCCUGGAGAUUUUCAAAGGUUUGAAGAAUUCAAGGUUGGUGACUGGGUUUGUGUUCGCAAAACACUCGUGGCUGCAAAGCAUGAUUUUGGAACUGUCGCUGCUGGAAGUAUAGGGAUUGUGCAAGGUAUCAGACCCGACAGUAGUUUGUUAAUAGAAUUCAGUUGUGUACCUGCUCCAUGCAUAUGUGAACCAGAGGAGGUUGAACCAGUUGUGCCUUUCAAGAUAGGCGAGCUGGUAUGUGUGAAGCGAUCUAUUGCAGAACCCACCUAUGCUUGGGAUGGUGAGACACAUCAUAGUGUUGGAAGAAUAUGUGACAUAAAGAGUAAUGGUCUUCUGAUAAUCGAAAUACAAAAUCGGUCCAUACCAUGGAAAGCUGAUCCUUCAGAUAUGGAAAAGGUGGAUGACUUUAAGGUUGGUGACUGGGUCAGAGUAAAAGCUUCGGUACCCUCUCCAAAAUAUGGGUGGGAUGAUGUCACCAGGACUAGCAUCGGUAUUGUCCAUAACUUAGAGGAUGAUGGCGACAUGGGUGUUGCUUUCUGCUUUAGAAGCAUGCCCUUUCUAUGUUCAAUGACAGACAUGGAGAAGGUGUCACCUUUCAAAGUGGGACAAGAGAUCCGUGUCAUGGCAUCUAUCACUCGGCCAUUUUUUGGAUGGUCAAAUGAAAGUCCAGCUACUUUUGGGACUGUUGCAAGGAUUGACAUGGAUGGAACCCUCAAUGUGAGGGUGGCUCACAGGGCACGCUUAUGGAAAGUUGCUCCAGGUGAUGCUGAAAGGCUCUCAGGACUUGCAGUUGGUGACUGGGUUAGGGUGAAGCAAUGUCUGGGGUCUAGACCAAGUUAUGAGUGGAAUAGUUUUAGGAAGGACAAUAUAGCUGUAGUGCACAGUAUACAGGAUUCUUUUUAUCUAGAUUUGGUUUGUUGUUUCCGUAAGGGAAAGUUGCCUGCUCACUGCACAGAGGUGGAGAAGGUUUCACGCAUUAAAAUAGGGCACCAUGUUCGAUUUCGUACUGGACUGGCUGAACCUAGGUGGGGCUGGAGAGGUGCAUGCCACAAUUUGAGAGGUGUUGUAACUGCUGUAAAUAUUGAUGGAGAAAUAAGAGUUUCAUUCUCUGGAUUGCAAAAUUUAUGGCAAGGAGAUCCUGCAGAUUUUGAGAUUGAGCAAAUGUUUGAGGUAGGAGAAUGGGUAAAAAUAAAAGACAAUGCUACCGGGUGGAAAAGCUUGGGGCCUGGAAGCAUUGGAGUUGUACAAGGAGCGAGGCAUCAAGAGGAUGGUUGGGAUGGUACUGUCCUUGUUGGGUUCUGCGGCGAAACUGAAUUAUGGGUAGGACCUGCAUGUGAGCUUGAAACAGUGGAUAAACUUGCAGUAGGCCAGAAGGUGAAGGUGAAGCCCCACGUAAAGCAGCCACGAUUUGGUUGGUCAGGCCAUACACACGAGAGCAUUGGUUUUAUAUCAGCAAUAGAUGCAGAUGGAAAACUGAGAAUAUUUACACCAGCUGGCUCCAAGGCUUGGAUGCUUGAUCCAUCAGAAGUUGACGUGGUGGAGGAAGAGAGAAUACAAAUUGGAGAUUGGAUAAGAGUCAAAUCAUCUAUACCUACCCCAGUAUACCAAUGGGGAGAGGUUACUCGUGAUAGCAUUGGAGUGGUGCACCGGAUGGAGGAAGGAGAGCUUUUGGUGGCAUUCUGCUUCUUGGAUCAGCUUUGGGUUUGCAAAGAAUGGGAAAUGGAGAAGGUAAGAGCCUUUAAGGUAGGUGACUCUGUGAAAUUUAGGGAAGGACUGGUGAAGCCCAGGUGGGGAUGGGGAAUGGAAACCAGUGCUAGCAAGGGCCAAGUAGUUGGGGUGGAUGCUAAUGGAAAGCUACAAAUUAAAUUCAAAUGGAGAGAAGGGCGGCCUUGGAUUGGAGACCCAGCUGAUAUUAUUCUUGAUGAGAUCUCUAGUUGUGCUGGAUAG